AUGGACUUUUGGUCUCGUUUGAUCGGCGGUUCUCGUGCCGUGUCCAAGCCAGCGCGGGCCACGUCGCCUACCGAACGGUUGACGGCAUUCAAACGCUCCUGCAAUGCCCUUCAGCAAAUCUGGCGCUCCACCAACACCCCCUCCGCCGAGCAAUCCACCGCCCAUGCGCGGACCUACCUUGACCGACUCAACGCCAUCUUGAGCGACGAGUCCCGCGGCCCAGCACCGCACCCUUGCGUGGCGUAUGCGGCGUCUUCGCAGAUCUUUGUCACAGUCACCAAACUGGCCCUGUCGUACUAUGACGAGAACGUGGUGCGCUCCGCGGCUGUCUUUUUCAACACUCUCAUCGAUGCCGAGGUCGACGGGGUAGUGGAUAAUCGGCUCUUUGCACGCGCCCUCGUCGAUCUGGUCCGUCGGGCAGAUAAGACGUCCGUGGACGUGGAGGGUCGCUUGGUGGAAUUGCUAUUUGGCGUUGCCAACAAUAUCCGUCUGCAGCCGGUCAUCCUGCCGGCGUGGUUUGUUCCGCGUGCGACUCCCACGGGUCCAGAUGGCGACUCUCUUGCCCCGAGUGGCACGGAGUUUGCCGGUGCCACGCGCAAGGACGAGUUCCCGCUGUUCUACCUGCUCGUGGAGUAUGUGCAUCACGAAGGACGAGCGGGCGAUUUUGCACGGACGGGGUUGCUCUAUCUGAUUGAGACGGCAUCGCGGUCGAAGAAUCUUGAGAAAUGGUUGAUUGAAAGUGAUUUGGCCACCCUGAUGGCAACGGGUCUAGGUGCGCUGUACAGUCAAUUGGGCGGAUUGAUCUUUACUUCCACCGAGGAUCAAGUUCCACGCAUCAUUGCCCUUUCAGAUCAUUCUGAAGAGGAGACCGCAUUGCAUCCGGCAUUGAGCGAUGCCAUGGACGCGUUCAUGUCGUAUCUGCUCUUUUGGCAGGAUACUAUUGAUCACUGCAAGUCUGCCGAGGUCAACGACACCCUGUUGGAUCACUUCCAGGUGCUCUUCCUUGAACAACUCUUGUACCCUUCCUUACUCGAGUCAUCCGACGUGGCCGGCGGAUCCACGGCUGCCGUUUUGACUUACCUCUAUCGAAUCUUGGACUCCAUCGACCAAGGCGAACUCGUCCAUCGCAUCUUACAUUUUCUCCUGGCGUCUUCACCACCUCAUGAGGAUCCCAUGUCCAUGUCCGCCAGUCGUCGCAAGUCCCUCGACGUCCUGGCCGCCUUGACAUCCGAGGCCGCUCAGCCUUCCCCGUCGCUGUUCAACUUGCGUGAUCUCGCGCUUUUGGGACUUCAGUCCUCCAACCGGCAGACUGUGCUGGCCACUCUGCGGUUGCUGAAUGUUGUCCUGCAACGUCACCAUCCUUUUGCACGCGCUUUGAUCCAUACUCUUCCCAGCCAGCCCGCGACCCAGCGCAGUGUUGGUGCGUACAAUGCCGAAUUAGGGCAUCUGUUCGAGCUCGCUACAACGCUUAUUAUGGAGCCCACGUUGAAUCAGUCCUACGAGAAUUACGUUGCCGAUGCAACGUGGGUCCUGGAGUCUCGGCUUUGUCUGCCGGUCACAUUCGAGGAAGCCGAGGGUGAUAUCCCACUGCCGCUGCCAUUACAACAAGAUGAUCCGAUCAUCCAGGAGCUCUUGGCCUGCGUGCAGAAUUUCUUCACCAAUAGUGUGGUGGUCAACCUGUCGCUGACGGGGGUACUGAUGAGUCUCGCCUCGUCACACCUCUUUUCCUUGGAUGGCUGGGUCCUAGUCGACCCCGGUCAGUUGGACAAGCCUGCUCCGUCGACCACGGAUGGUCAGUCCGAUGGGAUCGGUGAGGCAUACCAGCCGCCCACCUGGCCGACCAGUGCUACUCCCACCCUCAUUCAGGCUCUUGAGACGCUGGUCGGUCAGGUCCGACAGUGGCAGCGAGACCUGCCUGACUUUGAUGUUCUGGUGGCUGCUCGACGAGAGCUUCUCCACCAGGAGGACCGCCCCUCCAAACCGAUCCCCAGUGGCUCUCGUGAUCCAUCUCAGCCGCCCAGCACCGUCAGCAUGGACCGAUCCCGUCCGUCCUACCCCGGUUCCCCCGAUGUCUCCACCCCGGCGUCUCGCGGCCGCUCCCCAUCGUCCAUGCGGUCCCCUCCCAUGAAUCCCACCCGAAUGCGCGCCGAAUCCAGCAUUCGGCCCUUGGAAUCUCGAGGCUCAUCCUCCUCUCGCACCGCCGCCAUGGAAUCCCUGCGGCAACGUCUUGCCAUGCCUUUUCCCGUCCAAGUGCCCCGGACCUCGAGUAUGGAUUCGGCCGAGGCUGCGACGGACUCGGCGGAAGGGAUCCCGCACGGUGCAGAGGCAGAGGCAGAGGCACAAGCCAACCACACGGCAGAGAGCGUAUCGGACCAGGGCCCCCCGGUCGCCACCCUGGGCCACGUUCUCACGAAUGUAGUCAUCCUGUACGAGUUUUUGCUCGAACUUGCGGCGGUGGUGCAAGCGCGGGGGAGUUUAUUCGAGGAGGCGGGGUAUCCGGAAGCGCUGUGA